AUCCCGCACAUCUCUCCGGGCCAGGGCACCACAGGGAGAGUCCCGGGGGCCACCGGGCAGCAGGAGCCCCUCGGCGGGGGACAACACACAGCACAGGGACCCCGGAGCCCCGGCGGGCCCAACCCUUCCCGGGAAGCGAGGCGGGGCAGCGGGAGGAGGAGACUCCGGCGGCGGCCGGGAGCCGCUUGGAGAAUGUCCCCGUCCCGCUCCUCUUCCUCCUGCUCCUCCUCCUCCUCCUCCUUCUCCUCCUCCUGCUGCAGCCCCGGCGCGGGCAGAGCCGCCGUGAGGAGCAUGGGGAGCUGCUGGCUGCGCCUCGCCGCGCUGCUUGCCCUGGGCGCCCGGGCCAGCCUGGAGUACGAGGGAUCAGGAUAUGCACCCCUUGAAGAUGAUGAGGAUGUUUAUGCACGCAGUAGAUACAAAGAAACACCGUGGUGCUCCCCCAUUAAAGUGAAACAUGGUUAUGCAAACUGCAGGACACCUCAAGGGGAAUAUUACAAGAAUGUGUUGGGCACCAGAUGUGAUAUUCGCUGUCAGAAGGGCUACGAGCUGCAUGGCCCUCACCAGCUGAUUUGUCAGUCAAGCAAACGCUGGUCUGGGAAGGUGCUCUGCAAACAAAAGCGUUGCCCUACCCUGUCCAUGCCGACCAAUGGAGGUUUCAAGUGUUUGGAUGGUGCCUACUUUGGCUCGAGGUGUGAGUACUACUGCUCCCCAGGCUACCAGCUCAAGGGGGACCGCAUCGUCACCUGCAUGGACAGCAAGGCCUGGAGCGGCCGCCCGGCAGCCUGUGUUGAUACUGAACCCCCGAGGAUCCAGUGCCCGAGCGUGAAGGAGAAAUCGGCGGAGCCCAACAAGCUGACGGUGCGCGUGUUCUGGGACACGCCCGAGGGGCGGGACACCGCCGACGGCAUCCUCACCGAUGUUAUUUUGAAAGGCCUGCCACCAGGGUCACAUUUUCCAGAAGGCGACCACAAAAUCCAAUAUACUGUGUAUGACAGAGCUGAAAACAAAGGCACUUGCAAAUUUCUUGUUAAAGUCAGAGUCAGGCGCUGUGUGAAGUUAAAUGCCCCAGAUAAUGGCUACAUCAAGUGCUCAGGUGAUGGAAAUAACUAUGGUGCUACCUGUGAGUUCUCCUGCAUUGGUGGCUAUGAGCUGCAAGGAAGCCCAGCUCGAGUCUGCCAGUACAAUUUGGGGUGGUCAGGAGUGGAGCCAACCUGUGCACCCAUGAAUAUUAAUGUGAAUGUGAGGACUGCAGCUGCACUUCUGGAUCAAUUUUAUGAGAAGCGGAGACUGCUGAUUAUUUCAACUCCUACUGCUGCUAACUUCUUCUACAGGAUGCAGCUGGGGAUGCUGCAGCCAGCACAGUGUGGGUUAGACCUGCGACACGUCACCGUGGUGGAGCUGGUGGGUGUCUUCCCAACACUGAUAGGAAGAAUAGGAGUGAAGCUGCUGCCCCCAUCACUUGCCCUGCAGCUCAGGCUGCUGCUGAGGAUCCCCCAUUACAGUUUCAACAUCGUGGUGAUGGACAAGCAUGGCAUGGACAAGGAGCGCUACCCCUUCCCAGCAACACCAGCUGAGCUGUUUGCCCUUAUUGACAAAUUCCCCUUGAGAAAAGAUGAGAUGAAACUGCAAGCAGAAAUUGGUCAGUCAUGUCCCUAAUUCAGCAUUUCAGGGCCUGCCCCUGUUGGUGAAUUUUUUUUUGGUCCACAGAAUUCUCCCCUUGGUGCUACACAAAGCAUGGCUUUUCUAAUCACUGAUGUGGUUUUCUGUGUGUAUUGGUAAAUCUGUCCAGCCAUGCAGCUGCUCUGCAUAGAAGGGUGCUCUUUUGUACUUUCAGUCAUCUUUAGAUCAUAGAAUGGCCUGGGUUGGAAGUGACUUUAAAUAUCAUUGAGUUCCAGCCCUGCUGCCAUGGACAGGGACAUCUUGCACUAGAUCAGGUUGCUCAGAGCCCCAUCCAACCUGGCCUUGAACACUUCCAGGGAUGGGGCAGCCACAGCUUCUCUGGGCAGCCUGUGCCAGUGCCUCACCACCUGCACAGUGAAGAAUUUUCCCCUAAUGUCUAAUAUGAACCUGUUCUCUUACAAGUUCAAGCCAUUCCCCCUUGUCUGUCACUCAAGAUUCUUGUAAAAAGUCCCUCUCCAUCUUUCCUGUUGGCUCUGUUCAGGGACUGGAAGGCUACAAUUAAAUCACCCCUGAGCCUUCUCUUUUCCAGGCUGAACAAUCCCAUUUUCUCAGCCUUUCCUCACAGGAGAGGUGCUCUGUCCCUCUGAUCACCUUGGUGGCCUUCUCUGGACUUGCUCUGACUGGUUGAUGUCCUUCCUCCUGCUGGGGACCCCACAACUGGAUGAAUGUGGAUGUAGAAUUUACUACCUAAUGGAAUUUCUUGUACAGAGAGUAAAGAACUGAGGCAUGUUUCUGGGAGUUUAUUUUAGAUUUUUCAUUCAGUGUAAAAUUGGGGUUUCUUUCUUACUGUUUAUAAUUCUUUUUAUUAAUAAAAUAUUGUUUUG